AUGAUAUACAGUAAGUGUCUGUUCAGUUUGCUUUACUUUCGUUUGCACUUGGUAUGUUGAGUUAAAGUGAAUGGUCGUAUAAGGUGAAAUGUAAUGUAAUGGUAGGUAUUGUGAUGGUGGUCGACAAAAAAUGUAAAAAAAUGAAAUAGAAAAAUAAAAUCCCUUAGAGCGACAAAAGUUUAAUUUUUUAAAAACAUACGAAAAGGAAUGGCACAUUUUGUCAGUCGGCUUUCUUUAGCUUGGGCUUGAAAAUGUAAAAAAAAAUAUCACUCAACCCCUUCCUGACCUCGCUAAUCUUACAGACGACACAGAAUCCCUGAAUUCUGAAGCCUCGUCGGUAAAAGACCGAAUCGCUCGGUUCGAAUCCCUGAAGGAGACUUCUAAGAUUCCGAUUCACCGUACCGCCCAAUCAGAGUUGGUGGAAGAAGACGUGAAAGAACAGCCAUCACAGAGGAAGGAAGAGGAACAUGUCUCUCAACGACCCACCGACCUCAUCCUUCACGAAUCGACCACACAAUCGACCGAAAUCAAACAAGAUCAACCGGCCGAUUCCCCAUCUACUCCACAAACUGUCACGGAACAGAGAGAACAGCUGGGCAGGGCUUUGACGGUAGAGAGUCCACCUAAGAGUGACACUCAAGGUUUGUAUGAGAGUGUGGUGUUUGUUGUCUUCAGUGUUGUUAUGGAAAAAACAGUUAGAGACAGUAACUCAAAGUAAAAGAUAUCAUUAUAAGAGACUUUUGACUUUAUAUUGCUACCAAAAGCUUAACUUUAGUUUAAAGUUGCACUAACACGCCUUACAUUAAUUUAUCGCACUUUAUUUAAGCUAAACUAAAACAACAUCAGAAAACUUCAUCAAAAUUAAAAAUUUUUUAAUUUUAAGGAAACAAUUUAAAUUUAAAAAACUUGAAAUGCCAUAAAAGAUUUGGUAAAGAAUGGUGUUGUUUACAGGCAGCUUUGUUCUCACAGCCAAUAGAAAACAUUGACAAUAACGUCUUUUUGCCUCUAAAACAAAGUUGUUUUCGCAAAAAUGUUUACGUUGUAUUGUCAAAGAAGUAUAUGUGAUGUACAUGCAUGUUUAUGUAAAUGUGAUUCACAACUAUAAGAUACGAUCAUCAAAAACUGAAUCACAUUUACAUGUAAACUAAAUGUGUAAACUGAAUUUACCCCGCCUAAUCUUGUUUAUUCCAGAUCUUCCCGAAACCAUAGCCGAAGAGCCGGAAGAACCUCAAGUUAGUGUACACAAGCUGGUCCAAAAGUUCACGCAGCCUUCCGAAACCAUUGCUGACACAUCGUCACCAGCCCAGUUCCCGGAACACCACGUUGUGUCGGGAGAUGGCCUGUCUCGAGUUGACAGUCACGAGAAGAUCAUCAUCAGGGAAGAGAUCGAAGUGGAACCCAGCUCUUCUGAAGUCCCUGAAACCGAGAUCCUGGCGUCUACAGAAGACAUCGCUCAACAAGUCCACAAACUGUCAUUGAAGGAGCCUAGCCAAGUACAGGUCCAGCCAAUACCUGAAGACAUUGUUCAUGUGAGUGUGCAAGAGAAAGUAAGACGACUAGAGCCGGCUACAAGCCUCGAAUCUGAGCACGAAGAAGGAGACUUUGUAGAACAAGUGCCUCAAGGCAUCGACACAGAAAUAGCUCCCCAUGACGACGCGCUACAAACAGCUACGGUCAUAACGACUGAAGUCAGAGAAAAACCGCCUACAGAAGCCGAGUUUGCUGUUAUUAAUCAAGCACGGUAUGAAAGUUCAGAAGAGCCUUUGGAAUCCGUUAGUGAACAACGUAGGAUCGCCAUCAACAAAGCCUUGAAUGAAGAGAUUCAGGACGAAACCACAUCUGGAUUGCUCGAUGAAUCAGCUACAGGACAGCGUUUGGAAGAGACAGCUAGUCCAAGCCUAGAAACCAGCUCAAAGUCAUCAGUUCAGCAAUUCAGUGCAGGUAGAGAAGGUGCUUCUGAAGAAGAACCAGAGGGCUUUUCUGAACAAAAAAGGAUUCAGAUCAGUAGAAGUUCGGAAAGAAGUGUCGUUGAUGAACCAGAAUCUCAGAAACCAGACGAAUCUCAACCUGAAUCUCACGUUGAAGGCUCGGAAGAGCCCGGCCUUCUGAAGAAGGCAGCUGCUGUUGGAGUAGCUCUUGCUGGAGGAGUUGCAAUGGCUGCUAGCAGUUUGUUGCCUGAUAAAGAAGUUAAUGAACAACAACAAAAAGAUGCUGAAAAGCCAGUUGAAUCUAAUGAACGUUAUGAGAAAUCAGAAUCUCAAGAAGCAACGCAACAGUCACCAGAAUUGACUGCUGAUGUUGAACAUGAAGAACAAGAAGUUGCUGUAGAACAACGUGGCAGGACAGGUGACAGAUGUGAAGAAGACCUUCUAGAAACACCUGAAAAGCAAAAGGAAUUCUCUGCAAUUGGACCAGAAAGUACUAAGAAUAUCCCAGUGCACCAAACUACGACUGGAGAAGCCGUAGAAAGUCAACAAGGUACAGCUACUGGAAUACCUGUAGCUGAGAGCGUGUCAUCGGUUGAGAGAUUCGAAGCCCAACAACCAAUUACGGAAGAUAUUAGACAUGAACAGUAUGAGCAUGAGCAUUACGAAGAGCCACAAACUAAAAGUGAACAAGAUACACAACAUGAACAAUACGAAAAUAAACCAUAUGAACAAGAACAAAUUGAACCAGAACUAACCCAAGAAGAAAAGAACAUCCACAUUGAACUCCCAGCUGAAAGUCAAGAUACUGAAGUUCAAUCAGAACCCUUAUCACCUCGAGGUGUUACCCCAGAUCAAACGGAAAAAGAACUUGAACAGGAGAUAGCCCAGAAGAAUGUUGAACCUGUUGGUGAUCUGUCGAAGGAAUUAGAAGCCACAGAAUCCGUUCAACCAGUAACUUCAGGACGGGAAUCUAGUCCAGACAAAAGCACGCUAGCAUUUGUGAAUGCACCAAGUGAAAUCGAAGCAGAAGAUGCCAAAGAACCCCAAAGAAGCCCCGAAGAAGAGAAAUAUAGACUUCAAAAACAGUACAGACGUGAUGUUGAAGAUAAGCAAGAGAUCAGAAAGUCAAUUGACGACAGAGAAAGACCUUUCGGAAUUGAGGGUCCAGUAGGAACAGAACAGCCGUCUGCUGCUGAAGAAAAUCUAGAACAUCCAGGAAAACCAGAAUCUGAAGUCAAAGAAUCGCCAGAAAAAGAAUCUCCAGAUUCCCAAAAAAUGGGCCUAGGUACCAUGAUAGCCGGUGCUGCCCUUAUGAGCGGUAAGGCGUUGAUAGACAAAUUCAAAGGAGAUAAAGCUCCAGAAGCCGGCGGUUACGAUGACAGUGACAAUGAUUCAGAUGACUUUAAGCCAGAAGGUGGUUCUGAACGUGUAGUUGCUGAAGUAUACGACGAACCAAGGAAAGCUGAAGAAGCUCCAACACCUGCAGAGUCAGAAUACACCCCUGAAGCCAAACUAGAUCAACAAGAAGUCACUAAAACAUCUGAAGUUAGUGAGAUAGAAAGCCCCAAAACUACGGAAUCAGAAUCACAAGGUUUCGUGGAGCCAGAGACACACAAACCUGAUUCUGAACAAACCGUUUUGGAGCCAGAAGCCGAGAAAACUGAAGUCGAAGAGCCAGAAGAAGGUCCAAACUCUCCGCCACCAACACCAACAAAGGUGGUGCAUGUUCAUGAACACUUUGAAGAACAAAUACUUGACCAUGAUGGUAACGUUGUUGAUGAUGUGACAUUCGAGUCAAACUACGAUGUCAGAGAUUCUCACACUCCAAUUGACGACGAAAGAAAGGUCAGUCUUGUGCCACCUGAACAUGGUGCAGAGAGCGAGACUUUGAGUCAUUUCGAGGAACAAGCCAUCCACAUCAAUCCAAAUGCAGUACCACCAUCUGGUACACAGACGCUACAUGAAGAAAGAGUCGAAACAACCGACGAUCUUCAACAGAAAACCAUAACUGAAGACCUAGAUGUCCAUGUAGUACCGACUGACGAGAGUCAUUACCACAUGCAGAUCCAUGAAGAACGAGUCGAGCGUGUUGAGAACGAUACAGUAACCACCACUCGGGAUUACGACAUCGAAGCUCCCGUUGGUACUCAAAUUUCAUUGCCAGAAGGAGAUCAACCAGUCUCUAACAUCAGAGAACAAGUUGAACAAGGUUAUAUAAGUCAACAACCAGAUGCUGACAUGACUGAAAGUCAUUAUAAAGUACAUGAAGAGCGUCACGAAGAGGUGAUCGACAAAGACGGUAACACGGUAACUGAGAUGACCACGGUCAGAGAGUACGAUGAUGAGCAUCCAGAACCCUCGAUCCAGGCCAUGCAUAUUGAACGCAAAGCUUCUGAAGUCAAGCCAAGUUCAGCUAAACCGGUCGGAGAUGUUGAGAAGGAGACUGCCACCACUACUGACCCUAAACAGGCUGUAGAACCGACCAACACUCCGAUUCAGGACCUUGAAGAUGAAAGGGAAGAAAGACGAAAGAUUGACGAAGAAAGAGAGGAGCAGAGAGUCAGGGAAGAGCAACUUCAACAACAAUAUCAGCCAGAAGCAUACCAAAAUCAAUAUCAAUCAGAAGAACAUCAACAACAAUAUCAGGCAGAACAAACGCCAAGUGAGGUACAAGAAUAUUCUGACGAAGAAUCAGGAGAUACCACGAAAAAGAUGGGACUUGGUACUAUGAUUGCUGGAGCCGCGUAUCUUGGCGGUAAGGCAAUUUACGACAAGAUGAAGGGUGAUGGAAAAGACAAACAUCCAGAUACAGAAUAUCAUCACGAAGAACUUAAAGAAAACGAGUAUCAACAACCAGAAGCAAGUGAAAUCACCUUCAAAGAUGAACCUCAAGGUUUCCAAAUUCAUGAAGAAGGUCCUUCUGAAUCCUUCAAAGAAGACGUUACAAGGAAAACAGAAAAACAGCAACCGAUCCCAGAAGCUGCUCCAGUGUCACAAACACCUUUAAGUCAGGCUGACAACAUUUCUACAGCUAGUGUUAAGAAUCUGGAUUUAGACAAGUUGGACGAAGAAGAGACACUUCAACAAGCUCAAGCUGCUACUGAAAAUACACAAGAAGACCAGGCUAUAACUCCAAGUACUGAAGUCUCGGUUGAAGGUAAAGAACAAAAGCCAGAAGUAACCGAAUAUACUGAAGAACUACCAUCAGGUACAGUACCUGGACAGCCAGAAGAACCUUCAGUUGAAGCUGAAGGCCAAGAAAAACCUUCAGUUACAGUUACUGAACAGCCACAAGAGCCAGUGUCUCCAGAACAACAUGACGAGCCUCAUCGUACGAUUGUUACUGAGUCUUAUGAGUAUACCUACACUGAUGACGGUGUUCACGAGCCUCACGCUGAAAUCAGUUACAGAAAAUUGUCCCAAGAAGAUGAAGGUCCGGUAGUCACAAGUGAAGAACAUUACGAUGUUUCUGGAUCUGAGAAGCCUUUGCCUAUUCAACCAGACGCCGGUCGAACCGAAGAAGGAUCCCAAAAGUCAGAUACGAUCAGCGUACAAACUGAGGAGGUCGAGCCUGAAUCAGAAUAUCAAGUUGAAGAGUUGCCUGAAGACAAGAGUGUGCAAAGAGACAUUAGCCCCGAAAAUGUAUCAAAAUUACUUCAUGAACAGAAGGAAACGCGUGAAGAACACGGUGAUAAGAAGGAGGAGGCAGCUGAUAAGGUAGAAGGAGUAGAAUCGCCCUCCCAAGACCAAGAAGCUACAACUGAAGAAGGUCAAGUUCAACAAAAUGUAAUAUCUCAUCACUUUGGUUCGACUGGAGAACUGCCACAAAGUGUAGAAGAACUCGAGCAAAGAGAAGUCACACGAUCUCCUCAACCCGUCGUUACUGAUAUUACAGACAGACCAGCUGUCGAGGACGUUGGUGAACCCAAAGCCACUGAUACAACAGAUACGACCACCCAAGAAGACAAGUCUGAAGGCCAGAUCAAGGAGAAACAAUUCACAGCUGAAGGCCCAGAAACACAAAAGAUAAUCGACACUCACGAGUCGAGACUUGAAGAUCAAGACCAACUACAACCAUUUGAAACUAGUGAAUUCAGAGGAAAACGUGAAGCCGAUCAGGACGUAUCAUCUCCUCAACCUGAAGGAGUUGAACAUACUACAUCAUCAGAACCAUCUGAACAACAAUCGACUGAAUUUCCUGAAACCAAGCAGGAUACUGAAGCAAAAUCGACGUCUGAAGUCACUGAAAUUUCAACAGCAGAAUCUCCUGUAGCACCAGCUUCGAUUUCUGAUGUAAGUAUCCCAGAAGAAGCUGAACAGAAGAAGCCAGAAGAUGCUGUCAGACACACAGACGAAACUGCAUUACCAUAUGAAGCGAAGCCAGUAGAAGCGUCAAAAGAAGAAACUUCAGAAUCAGAAGGUGAAACAACAGAAAAGAUUAAUCUUGGUACAAUGAUUGCUGGAGCUGCUUACCUUGGCGGUAAAGCAAUCUAUGACAAGUUGAAAGGAAGUGAAUCUGAUGAGCCAGAAGUUGAAUACCCAGUAGAACCAAAAGACGAGCAUUAUGAGAGUCCAGAAGGCUAUCGUCAUGUUGGGGACAGUGCUCAAAACACUCCAGAGCUAGCCAGGAAACAAUAUACAGAACCGGCCAAAGACUCUGAUGUUGCAGAACGUGAAUUGCAAAACAAAGAAGUUGAACAAGAAAUCUCAGAAGCUUCGAAGCAAACUUCAGGACCCACAGAACAUAGUGAACACUCUCCAGAUGUUACAGAACACCACGAAGAACAUUCAGAACCUUCCGAACAAGCCAGUCAACAUCAGGAAACAUCACAGUUCGACGAGCAAGCCCCAGAAGCGUCUCAACAGGGCGAACCAGCUCCAGAUGUUACAGAAGAAAGAAGAGAGGGCUCACCGUCAGCCCCAGAAACAGUUUAUAUUCACGAAGAACGUCACGAAACUGUGAUUGGAGCCGGAGGAGAGGUACUAAAAGACAUCGUUGAAACUCGAGACUACGACACUUCUCAUCCAGAAGUUUACGAAACAACAAAAACCAACUACGGUCAAGAAGAACGUCGGGUGUCUACUGCUGACAUCUCCCGAGAGUUCGAAAUCUCUCCAGAUGACUUGCCAACCAACGAAGAGCCAAAGGAAGUCCAUGUCCAUGAGAAACACACAGAAUGGAGUCAAGAUGAUCACGGCCAACCUCGGGAGGUUGAGAUCACAGAUGACUUUGACAUUACCCAAACAAAAACAGGUGCAGAGGCAAUUUCCGAAGAACACGACAUUCACGUUCAUGAAAAACGUGUAGAACACGUUACCGGAUUUGGUCAAGAAACUCGAGAAGUAACAACCACAAGAGAUUAUGACAUUCAUGUUCCUGAAGGAGCUGAAGAAGUUCAUUUGCCAGAUGGAAGUGAACCUAUUGACAUGAUCACCAGCUCCGGAGAGGAACCAGUACAUUACCACGUUCACGAAGAAAGAGACGAGAAAGUAAUCGACAAAGACGGAAAUCUCAUCAGUGAUGUACAGUACGUCAAAGACUUUGAUGACGAGCAUCUGGAAGACAACGUGUACGAGCUGAAGAACGUUGAGAUCCAAGGAGAAGCUCCAUUGCCAACUGCUGAUCCACCCAGCCAUGAUGGUGAACAUGCUGCUGAAACAGAUCACGAGAUCUCCACAAUUCAAGAAGACGAAUCUCAAGAGAAUUUGGCAAAAACAGAAACUUCAGGGAAAGAAGAAGGUGUUUCUACGGAAAAACUGGAUUCUGAAGGUGUUGAACAACACAAACCAGAAGACGUCGUUGAAGGAACUGACAUUUCGUUUGAGCAAAAGCCGACUGAAGGGCUGACGAUCACCGAACGAGUGCCAAUCAAUCGUUCCCCAGCUUCGGACAUUGUCGAGGGUGUAGCUAUGACUACUGAACAUCUGGACAUUACUCAACAACCAGUCAGAGAAGACGUUGAAAAGAAGGAGGAAGAAGGGCAAGCUAGCAAGUACGGUCCAGCUACUGUUUUAGUCGGAGCUGCCGCCUAUGGAGCUAUGAAGUUGGCUGAAAAACUAACAGGAAAGCCAAAAGACCAAGAAGAAUAUAAUGAAUAUGAACAAGAGUACGGUGACGCACAAUACGAUGACAGACGGCGGUCAGAGACUUCACCGGUCGGAGAUAUCGUCAAAGAAACAGCUCCAAGCGAAGAUCCGGACAAACAAGCUGAGCCGGUUGGAAGCUACGCUGAGUCUAGUCCUUCACAGUCGACUACAGACUACGUCACCAGAGACCUUGAAGAUUACGAACGAGCUGUCCCCAGUGGUCAAAGAGGUGAUGAUGGCAAGGUCUUGGAGUCAUACGACCGAGCCCCAGAAAAGAAUAUAAAUGUAGAGCCAGCACAAGAGGAAACAGAAGAACAAAUCCUCGUAGAUGACGAGUAUUCUGAAUCCGAAGAAAUCCGCCCCAGACCUCACGGACUUGAACUAGACUCUCAAGAAGAUCUGGACCUUCAAUCUCCAGUAUCGCUGGCUACAGUACGACGUGAAGAUACAGACGACAACUUGGAUCUGAUGCAAGAAAGUGUAUACGUACCAGCUGAUACUCCACAAUCAGAAUCCAAGACCGACCACAGUUACGACAUCGAACAAACUCCAGAAUUCGCGUCUGAGAAGUUUGAAGGUCUCCAAGAACAAGACCCCAUGCAACAGAGCAUGUACAUAUCGCACGAUGAAGGUGACCAAGCACAGCAAUAUGACAACGAUGAGUAUAAUACCACAGAAGAGCAUGUUACAGAUAGCCACGGUGAUGCAAACGAUGUCUUGGAGUCUGAGCCAGUCCAACAAGAAUCUGAACUGUACCCAGACCAGAUCAAUUUGCCUUCCGACACCACUCCAGUCGGAGAUAUCGACCGCGAGACCAAAGUGUCAGGUGACAUCGAAUUCGAGACAGAACCGGUCCGGGAUGUGCAGCACCAAACCACACCAAGUGCUCCAGCCUGGAGUGAAACUGAGCCAGUUGGAGACAUUGACAAAGAAGUGGCUACAAGUGUAGAAGCUGGCCAAGGAGCCAAGCCUGUAGUUGGUCCACAUGAGAUGAACGAUGAUUGCGAGUUGGUCACUGAUACUGAACCUGUACUCAGGCCACAAGAUUCAGAAGCUGAGAAAUCUGAAGUCGUAGAAAGUGAGCCGGUUGAGAAGACCGAAGAAGAUCAACAUGAACAUGGCAUUGGUACCAUGAUUGCUGGCGCUGCUCUUAUGGGCGGUAAAGCAAUUUAUGACAAGCUAAAGGGCAAAACAAGUGAUGAACAACAUCAACAAGAAUAUGAAGAUGUGGUUGAAAGCUCACCGGUCGAAGAAACUCGAAAAGAUGAAGAAACUCCGCUUCGAAAAGAUUCAAAAGACGAGCACGAACGAGAAAUGUCACGAGAACACUCACAAGCCAUAUCAACCGACAGCCAAGUCACAGCCAUCCACGUCGGAGAUGAUGUGGUGGAAUCACAAUCACUUGAUAUUGAAACACCAGAAGACAUGUCAGACUUGUCACCCCAACAAACAGCUUAUGACAUGGACAAAGAAACGCCAGAACCUUUAGUAAAAUCUGAAACCAUCGACGAAGAGGCAGCAGAUGUACCAAAAACACCAACCAAUGUGUCACAUCCAACUUCUGAAGAUAUCAAAAAGCCAACAGAAGCUGUUUCUGAGAAGCCAGAAGCAUCUGAAGUUCACAAAGAUGAAGAAGUAAUCGAUUCCGAGCCAGUCCACCCAGAAAGUCCACUGCCAAGCCAGCUACACGACUUUAAGGCUGAAGAAGAUCGCUUCGAAACUGACAUUCAUUCCCCGGACCUUGUUGAGAGUGAACACAUCCAACACCAUCUUCAUGAACAUCACGACCUACCCAAAGUGGUCGAUUACUCUGACAUUGGUGAAGGUCACGAAUUAAAUAUCAAGGAUGAACCAAGUCCACAAGAAGGUUCUGAACAUACUCACAGUAUUGCCGAAUCCCAUCCUCACGAUAUCGUAGAGUCAGAAAGUAUUGACAUAGAAGACAAACCAACUCCAGCUCCUGUCGCCAGACCCAACGUCAUCAGUGAUUCCAGUCAGAUAUCCCCAGAUGAAGAGCCCAGUGUUGAAGAGAAGAUCAAACACUUCAAGGAAGACGAGGAAACUGGAAUCUCAGAAUACCAAGACCAAUUCAGACCUAUCGCUGAAGAACCUGGCAGAGAAGCUGAAGAACAACGUGACGUCGACGACAUCGUGGAAAGUGAGGAUAUUAACGAAGAAGACAUCAAAAGAAUGUCAGGAAGCAUCAUCCAGAAAGCUCAAGAAGCUACUACCCCAUCUGAACAUAGAAAAAGCGUGUCUACUGAAGCCAGCCAAAUACCACGAUCAGAUAUGGUCGAUUCUGAAGGUGUACAAGACACAAAACAAGGUACUCCUGAAAGAAAACGAUCUGACUUGAUUCUAUCGCCAGAAACCCUACAACAAGACAUUCAGCGACAGUACAGCCAAGAGAGUGCCCAAGGACACGAACUAGUCCAAUCAGAAUCCAUCAGAGAAGAGGACGACCAUCAAGCCGACAUUGAUAAUAUUGACCUGAAGGGAGAUGAAAAGGUCGAGAUGGAUGCUUUGGCUCAAUCCAUUGUGACAGCCGACGUUCCUGAAGACCUUGACUAUGAACACAUCACUCAUCCAGAACACCACGAGCACGAUGACAUCGUACAAUCCUCUCACGUUGACGCUUUAGAAGACGAACAUCAUUUCGAGCCAGAAGGAGACGUUCCCUACACUGAGAAGCCGAUUGAUCAUGACAAACUUGAUGAGAAGCUAGGACUUGGCACGAUGAUGGCUGGAGCUGUAGCUAUGGGUGCAGCUGCUUUGGUCGAUAAGAUAACUGGAGAACGAAGCGACGACCAGAAACUCAAGGCUGAAAUGGCAGUCGAAAAGAAGUUGGGAGAGAAGACCGUGAGCGAGAAGAGUGUAGCUGGAAGCGAAAAAUCAGAAGCUGAACGGCUCGAAGAGAUAGGAGAACCUGUACCUUCAGAAGGCUUUGUUGAAAGUGAAUCAAUCCCCUCGGGAGACGUUAGCCAAGAAGUCGCAAAAGAUGUUGUAGCUCAAGAAGAAGAACGAAAGCAUACAGAAGCAUUUAAAGACGAUGAACAACCACGAGUAGAAGAUAAAGACGACUUCGACAUUGAGAUUGUGGAAUCUACAGACUUGGAUUCAGAAAAAGGAUCACCUAGGCAAGAACACGAAAAUCCAGAAACCGAGGAAGAAGUAGAGCAUCACGAAGAAAAGCACGAUGAAGACGACUUCGAUGUCAUCCACCACGACGACAUCAUUGACAUCCAGAUGACAGAAGAAGAGAUCGCUCAAAGUGCCCAGUUGAGAGCUUCCAAGAGUAUGAGUUUGUCUCCACAUGCUAAAGGAACAGACUCUCCUACGUCAACACCACUUAAAGAUUCUGAGUUAGGUACAGAAGUCGCUGAAGAUGAACUUGUGAACAAACUAGAGACAAUCAAGAAGGAAGAGGACACAGUAGCAGAAAAGGAAAGACCUGAACUGAGGAGAGUUCAAGACGCUGAGUUCGAACGAACAGAUUCUGCCGGUUCCAUCCUGAAGGACCGUGAAUUGACGAGAGAAGACUUUGGAGGAGACAUGCCAGACCUCACUCAUGAAUCAGAAUCUGAAGACGAGAAGCCGACAGUAGAAAGAUUCGAUCAGCCUGUAGAGAUCAAUAUUGAAGAGGAACCCAAACAUCUAGAUGCCUUUGAUUCUGACAAAUUCACAGACGAGAUGGAAGGGGAAAGAGGAUUGGCUCCAUCUGAACCAAUUGGACGGCCCCACUCUCCAUUACCACCAAGAACACAAUCAGUAGAUCAAAGUGGAAGCCGAGUUGAUACCCAAUCUUCGGAAGAGGGUAGACCAAUCGAGUCGGUAGCUGAAGAAGAAGUUUACGAUGGUCAACUACUAGCAGAUCAGAACGAGGCUGCUUACGAAGCCGCCGAAAGAAUGGUCGAAGAACAAGUAAGAGAAGAACAAGAAAAGAAGCAACAAGAAGAGAAACAAGAAGAAAAGAAGCAUAAACUCAGUGUAGAUGACAGUCCAUCGAAAGUGUCACAAAAGACAGACGAAGAAAUCUCACCAUCCAAUGAAUCCGGCUCAUCAAACGCCUCAUCUACCGUCUUUGUCCGUAAGGAGAUCAACACCGACAUCAAGAUGAAGGAUUCUGACGAUGGCUCCCAAUCCUCACUUCUAGAAUUCGAACGUCUAGAACAAGAACUAAGCGCCAAACAACCAUCUCCAGGUCACAGUGACAACGAACAGAUGGUCGCAUCAGCUACUGGUUCAGUCAACUCGCUUCUCGAGUUCGAAAACAUUGAGAGAGAAGUCCUAGAACAACAUAUGAGCAAUGAAGAAGCUGCGAGUCAAUCGAUUGGUCCAGAAGUCAUGAUUCUGAGUGAUAUCAGAGAAGAAAGUGAGGUAGAAGAGAUGAGCAUCAAAGGAGAUGAUGAAGACUCGUUGAAUGAGGCACAGGUAAUAUAAUAUACUGAAAAAUAGGUAAAAAGAGAUAAAACAAGACAAAAAGAAUAGUUAAAGCUAAAAUAUUAGGCUACUAAUGAGGCAAAAAGGGUCAGGGGUAGGGGUGGGUAGGGCCAAAAGGGUCAGGGGUAGGGGUGAGUAAGGCUAGAAAGGUCAGGGGUAGGGGUGGGUAGGGCUAGAAAGGUCAGGGGUAGGGGUGGGUAGGGCAAAAAGGGUCAGGGGUAGGGGUGGGUAAGGCUAGAAAGGUCAGGGGUGGGGUCAGGUGGAAUUAAAAAUAAUUUUUUAAAAUAUAUUUGAGAUUCCCCAUUUGUCGUUUCCCCAUUUUGCAAUUUCCCCAAAUGUCGCAGUACGCUAAUUUCGUAUACGAUGAAAAGAAUUAAAAAUUAAAGUUAAUUCGAAAAUAAAAAGGUAAUUCUACGCAUUUUUAGACCAACAUUGGCCAAAGAAAACCAAAAUUAAAAAAAAUUUAUUUUUCCAAAAUUAUUUUCCUGUAUGGGCGCGACUUGUCUUUACCGCCGCAGGCCGCACUUAAAAAACAAAAUUUUGUUUGACAAUGUCAAAACAAUAGUUCUUCGAAAUUUUAAUGUAAUAACAACUUUUUCUCACAUUCCCUACAUCUUCUUAUAAAUAUUUUGCCCAAAACAAUAUAAUUAAUCGACAUGGAUUUAAUCUUAUACCUAAACUAAUAUUCACAUCUAAUUUCGGCAUUUUAGAUGGCCGCAGAUGCAAUGAUAACGUCAGCCGACUCUUUGGAGCCUUCAGGACGUGUGAUUCGAGAUGCGAAUCGAAUGGAGACCUCUGUAGAUUCGUUGGAACCUCAAUAUUCUGGAUCUCGACAACAACACGACGACUCUUUGUUGGACGAAGGAACUUCCGGAGGUGCACAAAGUCAAGAUACUCAAGCCGUUUUGAGUGCUGAUACUGCUGGCACUUUCCAGGUGAGAUUGAUUUACAUUUUUUGGAUAAAAUAUUUAAAAUUAUAUUGUACUAAUCAGCCAUACCUUGUAAUUCGGUGUUGUUAUAGCAUAAGAUUGCUCAUGAUAAGUAACUUUAUAUGUGAAAUUAACUUUAUUUUUAAAUAUUUAUGCUAACUUGUUGUAGGAAUACCAAGACGACGAUCGUGACUCUCUGGAAGGAGCGUUGGAAGACUACGAGACCAUUACCACCUUCCAGACGGUUCAACAACGAGACGAUGGUACCACCGAGACCAUAACUCGUAAAGUGAGGACCAGAGUGACUGAUCCAGUUCAUUCUCAUGUUCGUUUCACUGGCACAGAGAACGAGGAUCGGUUGAGGAACAUUGAGCCAGAACAGGAAAUCGAGUCGGUUGAUGAAGAAGGAAACAUUACCAAGACGAUACGCAGAAGAUUACAGUAG